AUGCGGAAUUGGGUGUUCGUGAAGGUCGUCACCGAUCAGCCGGGCCUGGUCGGCUGGGGCGAGGCCACGCUGGAAUGGCAUACGCGCAGUGUGGUCGGUGCGGUGGAAGACCUUUCGCAACUCGUCGUGGGCGAAGACCCGACUCGGGUUGAGCACCUGUGGCAGAUGAUGUGGCGGCAACACUUCUGGCACGGGUCCGGUAUCGUUCGUUCCACGGCCAUCGCCGGCAUCGACAUCGCCCUGUGGGAUAUCGCGGGCAAAGUGGCCGGCGUGCCGUGCCACAAGCUGUGGGGCGGGCCGGUUCGCGAUCACAUUCGCUUGUACUGUCACCUCGGCGGCGGAGACAUGCAGCGGUUCUACGAAACCCCAGUCGACAACGCCCGACAGUUUGCCGACUUGGCGAUCGAAGCUGUGGACGAAGGCUUCUCGGCGUUCAAGUCGAUGGCCGUUCCGCCCACGAUGCCGGUGGAAGGACUCAAGCCCGUGCGAGCUUCGGAAGCUUGCGUGGAGGCCAUGCGGGAAGCGGUCGGCGAUUCGGUCGAUAUCAUGGUCGAUUGCCACGCCCGCCCUUCACCGGCGAUGGGGAUGCGGUUCGCCCAGGCGCUCGAUCCCUUCGGGCUGUACUUCCUCGAAGAACCGUGUUGGCCGGAAUCGGUCGAUGAACUCGCGCGGAUCAACGCCGGCGUCACCACGCCCAUCGCCACCGGCGAACGCGUGACCCACUUGGCAGGCUUCCGCGACCUGUUCGCUCGCCGCGCCUGUGAAAUCUGCCAACUCGAUAUCACCCACUGCGGCGGCUUCACCGAGGCCCGUCGCGUUGCGGCCCUGGCCGACGCCCAUCGCAUUGCCCUGGCUCCGCACAAUCCACAAGGCCCCGUCAGCACGGCAGCCUCGCUGGAGUUCGGUUUCUCACAGCCGAGCUACAUCAUCUGCGAGUCGGUCCACGGCGACGUUCCCUGGCGGCAAGAUGUGGUGGAAGAAGGCUUCACCGUCGACGAAGCAACCCGCACCGUCACGCCCAACACCCAGCCGGGCCUGGGGAUCACCAUCAACGAAGACGAAGUGAAGCGACACCCCUUCCAGCAAGAAGAACUCCAACGCGUCUUCUACCGCGACGGCAGCGAAGUACACAUGAACAAAGUCGGUCGAAGCUCGGCAUCAACGCGAAACGACCUUCUGCAGUGCGCUCCCCAUGCUUCGUUUCGCGGACUGAUCGGCAUCGCCCGCACCGACAUCACGCCGCCGGUGGGGAUCUACGCCCGCAAUUGGGGCGCGGCCCAGCACGAUGUGGCCGAGUCGAUUCACCGCCCGCUGACACUCACCGCGCUGACAUUAGCACGCGACGAGGAAACCAGUCCGCUUGUGCUGAUCGACGCGGACCUCGGCUGGUGGCGAUCGCGAACGUUGUUUCAAUCGCUACGCUCGCGGUUGCUGGAAGCCCUGUCGCUUGAAUCCGCUUCGUUGAUCUUCGCCCUCACGCACACCCACGCCGGGGCCGCACUCACGCAGCCCGAUGCCUCGCUGCCGGGUAGCGAUCUGCUGGCAGAAUACCUCGAGCAGUUGGUACCGCAGACGAUCGAGACGGUGACCCAAGCCCGCCGUGCCGCCAUGCAAGCAACACUCGACUGGCAUACCGGCCAUUGCCAACUGGCCAAGUUCCGCGACUUGCCCGAUCCGGAUUCGAACGCAAACCGCAUCAUCUGUGGCUACAACCCGACCAGAGAAUCAGAUGCGACACUAUUACUAGGCCGCGUGACGGACAGCCAAGCAAGAACCACGGCCGUACUCGUCAACUAUGCCUGCCACCCUACAACACUGGCCUGGGAGAACCGCGCCCUCUCGCCGGACUUCGUAGGAGCCAUGAGAGAGACGAUCGAAAAACACGUUGAUGGUGCCCAGGCGAUCUAUUUACAGGGCGCAUCAGGCGAGCUGGCGCCGCGACAUCAAUACGUCGGCGAUACUCGCGUAGCCGAUCGUCACGGUCGCCAGUUGGGCUUUGCGGCCCUGGCCACGCUAGAGGACAUGGACCCGCCAGCGACACAGAUGGUCUACGAUGGCGUCGUCGAGUCGGGCGCACCGCUGGCAACAUGGCGUUACAAAUCGAUUACGCCCUCCACGAAUCUGAGGGCGAUUAAAUCUUCCGUCGAACUCCCGCUGAAAGACUGGCCAUCGGCCGAGGUCCUCGAACAACAAAGGACCGCCUGUGACGAUCGCGCGUUGGAAGAACGCCUUCGCCGCCGCCGUGAUAUCCGCCUCGAGUUGGGCGAUGGCGAGAGUUAUGCCCUGCCAUUGCACGUAUGGAGUCUCGGCGAUGCCGUGCUGGUGGGCACGAUGGCCGAAGCCUAUUCGACGCUGCAGACGAAACUCCGAAAGCGGUUUCCCAACCACGCGAUUAUCGUGAUGAACCUGAUUAACGGUUCGAUUGGCUAUCUGCCAACCGCAGAGCUGUAUGAUGCCGACGUCUAUCAGGUCGAGCAAACUCCCUUCGCCCGUGGCAGCUUGGAGGCGGUGGUUGAGGAACUGUCGCGUUUGAUCCAAUUCCGUAGCAUCAGCCGCGCAACAAGCAAACUAAGAAGAGACCACAGCAUGGCUGACUCACCGCUCGCGGGCGUACUGCCGGUACUGCAUACGCCAUUUCUCGCAGAUGGGCAGAUCGACCGCGAAAGCCUGCGUCGGGAAAUCGAUUGGGCGUUCGAUCUGGGAGUAAGCGGCGUCUGCGCCGCUAUGGUAUCGGAGAUUCUGCGGCUCACGAUCGACGAACGAAUCGAGCUGGCCAAACUCCUGGUCGAAUUGACCGACGGUCGCGGAGUGGUCGUAACCAGCAUCGGAGCCGAAAGCACCGCGCAAGCGAUGUGGUUCGGUCAAGAAGCUGCACAAGCUGGGUGCGAUGCCGUGAUGGCCGUGCCGCCGAUUUCAACUUCGCUUCCGGACGAUGCUCUGUACGACUACUUCGCCGCGCUCGCCGAAGGGAUCGACUUACCACUGAUCGUGCAAGACGCCUCGUCCUACGUCGGGCGGGCGAUUCCGCUUUCGCUGUACUUACAACUGCUAAAGCGUUACGGACCGGAGAAGAUUCUCUUCAAGCCCGAGGCCUCUCCCAUCGGACCGCAUCUCUCGGCGCUACGCGACAUGACCGGCGGCCAGGCCCGCGUGUUCGAUGGCUCCGGCGGCAUUCUGUUGGUCGAUGCUUUCCGUCGUGGCGUGGUCGGCACCAUGCCGGGCUGCGAUUUGCUCGACGGAAUCGUCGCCCUGUGGAAAGCCUUGCAGGCGAACGAUGAGGAGUCGAUUUAUCGCCUCUCAUUUCCCAUCAGUGCCAUCGUCGCCCUGCAACUUCAGGCCGGGCUCGAUGGAUUCCUGGCGAUCGAGAAAUACAUCAUGGUCAAGCGAGGGCUGUUCACCUCCGACCGCCGUCGCGAACCCUACACCUGGUCGCUCGACGAAGAGACCGCCGCCGAAGUGGAGCGGCUGUUGGUUCACUUGGAGAAAGCCCUGGCCGAUGCGAACGCCCACGAAGCGUAA